UUUACAUUAGAGGAAUUCAAAACACACUCCCACCGAAGGUGACUGACAGUUAACCUUCUACAACAAUCACCUGUAAAGCCAGACAUUUACUGAAGCACUUUUAGUGGCUUGGCUGGAGAAAUUAAAAGGCAAAUAUCUACAUGGGAACUGAACAUACAACCUCAGACACCAGGUUCCUGAACCAUAAUGCUCAAGUGCUACUUAGGACAGCAUCAUGCAAGCAAACGGUUCAACAGUAUAAAGAAUAGAAUGGGCCAAUACCGUUAACUAAAGAGAAUGUGAUGUUUUUGCACAGUAUGGCAGCUAUAAAAAGGUGCAACAAAUGGUUUGUCAACGAGGUUUUAAGCGACACUGUAGCCAAACGAGAUUAUGUUUCCAUGUGAUCAGCCACAGAAAACCUGACUGCUAACGUAACCUACGAACGCUUGAACACAGAACCUGGCUGAAUACGGUGUUUGUUCCACUGAUGAUUUACGUGAUGGUAGUCCUCCUCGCGCAGACGGAACAAAAGGAAAGGCGCAAAGACGGGAAAGACGGGAAGGGCGCGAAGCGAAAGCCGGGCCGGAUCAAAAACAGAAUUUUGCAACAAAAUUCGACUUUACAGAACAGUUCUCCCGAUCCUAUAAUGGGAGGGGCGGAUGCGGGCGACUUACAGGUGGUUUGGGAGGAGGACUUUGAGAAGAGCAUUGAAGAAAUGGUGAAACAAGUGAGGAAUAACUCAGCGCUCUCGAAGAACAAGUGUGUGGUGGACCGGCAACUCUGGAUGUCCAACAGUCGGAGUCUGUCUCCAUGGUCAUACAGAAUCAACCACGACGAGAACCGCAUUCCCGUGGACAUUCCGGAAGCGAAGUGCUCGUGCGUGGGAUGCAUUAACCCGUUCACCAUGCAGGAGGACCGCACCAUGACCAGCGUGCUCAUCUACACCAAGAUCCCCGUGCGCAGGCGCCUGUGCGACAAGCUGUCCAAGAAACCAAGGAAGAAGAAAACAUGCGUGCCCCUGUACAGGACGGUGGUGGAGAGCAUAGCCGUGGGUUGCACGUGCAUAGUGUGACGCCUCGCUCUCAUCGCCCGUCUACAGCAUCGUUUUGUUUCCCAUUAAGUCGUAUCCCUAUAAACAAAUUGAGAUUUGUCUGCGUCCUUCCUGUGCGUGUUUGUAAAGCCGUAAUAACCUUUUUGUUGCUAUAUGUAUUAGGCUACCACUAAAAAUCACCACAAAUGCAUUUGAUAGCCCACUGUCUUAUCUACUGUAAAUGUACACACAAUUCCAUUCUAUAAGCUACACAUGUUAGUGUUAGUGCUGUUUGUUGACUAAGUAUUGCCUGUAUAUCAUUAUGAAACAAAGACAGACAUUUUUUUAAUGCUAUCCAUAAAUAACUGUAUGUAAAAUGUUUCAAACAGUUAAUUGCAGUUACAUUCUCACUAAACUUUAAAAACAACAAAAACAACAUUUCUGUUACUCUCUGUGUCUCUACAAGGUGACGUACACGUAUGUGGAGUGUAGAGCACUGUGAGCUGGCUGAGAGUGAUGCUGAUGUAAAACAUUUUGUUCCUGAGUUUAAUAAUAAAAUAUGAAGCCCA